CACCCACAUCCAGCCGUCCCCAAAGCUCGCUGUUCGCUCCUCUGCCUGACAGCUGCCCUGCCGCCACCAGGCAGCCCCAGUUUCCCCAGCCCGGCUUCCCCAAACCAGUCUUCCGGCCUCGGGGGCGCUCCAGGCCCGCGGGAUUAGGGAUUAGGAACUGGAAAGGUUUGGUCCAAUCCCCUUUCCCUCUCAGCGUCCUGGGCUCACCUCCCCGGCAGCUUAGCGCUCCUCUUCCAAAACUGCUUGCUGUUCUCAGCGGCCAUUGCUCUGGCCGGGGAAAGGCCUUGUAGGCGGGCCAAGGGGGUUGCCUGGAGAGAUGCCCCCAGACCCCGCAAUCUGAGGGCCAACCCAGGCCGCUUCCCCGCCGCCGGUCACCCACUCCCAGCUCCUGGGGACGCCAUCUUGGAUGUGGGCACCCCUCCACCCAGCGCCGCUGCCAUUGGUGAGCUGCGCAAACUGUGGAUGGGCCGACCAAUCGGGAGCCGGAAUCCUGCAAGCCGCUGAAGCCAACGGGUAACGUCAGGGGCAGGGCACACAGGUGGAUGGGGAAGGCGGAGCUUGGAGGAGCAGAGAGGCGGGGCUCAAAGUUCCUACCCUCGAGAGGGAAGAAGCAGGUAAAGAGGUCUCAGCAUGAAACAGCAGCGGUGGUGUGGAAUGACGGCCAAAAUGGGCUCUGUGUUGUCAGGGGUCUUCACCAUCCUGGCCGUAGACAUGUAUCUCAUCUUUGAGCAGAAGUACCUAGGGAAUGGCAAUUGCACUGAGAUCACACCAAAGGACAAGGGGUCAAGUGACAUCAUAAAUAACUUCAUCACCUGCUGGAGUUGGAAAAUCGUCCUCUUCCUGUCUUUCAUCACCAUCUUCAUCAGCUGCUUCCUCCUGUACUCAGUGUAUGCCCAGAUCUUCAGGGGCCUGGUCAUCUACAUUGUCUGGAUUUUUUUCUAUGAAGCUGUAAACAUUGUAAUACAAAUCCUCACCAACAUUGACUUCAGCAUUGAAGAGGUCAAAGUCAUGCGCUGGUUUGGCUUGGUGUGUCGUACACUCUUGCACUGUUUCUGGAUGUUCUUUGUCAUCACCUAUGCCCACAUAACCUACAAAAACCAGAGCCAGGGCAGUAUAAUUUCAUACAAGAGACGAAUUUCUACGGUGGAGUCUAUACACAGCAGAAAUAAAAGAUUAUCAGGUCUUCCUGGGCUUGGGAGCUCACACCUGGACGCCCAGCACUUUGGGAGGCCGAGAUGGGUGGAUCACCUGAGAUCACAAGUUUAAGACCAGCCUGGCCAACAUGGCGAAAACCUGUCUCUACUAAAAAAAAUAUAAAACUUAGUCAGGUGUGAUGGCAUGCACCUGUAAUCCCAGCUACUUGGGAGGCUAAGACAGGAGAAUCGCUUGAACCUGAAGGCAGAGGUUGCAGUGAGCCAAUAUUGCACCUGGGUGACAGAAUGAGACCCUGUCUCAAAAAAAAAAAAAAAUUAGCAGCUUUAUCCACCACUAUAAGCAAUAAUGUUGGCCCUUUUCUUUCCCCUGAGAGGGAGGUCUCUUAGGUUCCCAGGGCAGCUCUGUUUCCUUCCCCCACCCCCACUUUUGCUUAGCAGUCCUGCAAGUCCUGCCACUCUUUCAGGAGAACAUGGAGAGAAAAUGUGAUUGUAAUCAGAACUGGAACAUCCUGCUUAUUGAAGGUGUUUGGUUAAAGGAUAUUGUGAUUUAUCAAACCUUCUGUGAAUUCCACCUUCCUUAUUUGAUCAGUACCACCUAUUGGUCAAAAUGAGUGGAAUAAAAUGAAGCUGAAUUGCAGUAUGGCAAUCCUUUUUUCUUGGUCUUGGUUAGCCUUCAACCCAUAACUCUUUAAUUUAACCCUGGGAUAAGCAAAUCUGUAUUUAUACCUCAGAUUUUUGUGGCACAAAGUAUACUGUUGGUCCUAGGGUGGAUUUGUGCUAUGAUUUCCCCACUAUGUCUUCUGUUUUAUUCCAGAUAAGGAAAAUAAUAAAAAUAUAGAGAAAAUUCGUCCUUCAAUUUCUGUCUUGAGUUUCCCCACCCUUCCCAAAUUUGUCAAGGAGUAUGAAAGGCAUUUCCUUAAUCAAAGGUACAUGUUAAAUAUAUUUCUAUAUCUGAUGCUGUGCUGUACACCGUAGUGUGAACACUGUACUGAACAUUGUGUAUAUACUGUAUACAAAAAUGUACAAGAUAUGAAGCCUGACUAUGAGAAUUUUGCAGUUUAGUGGAAGAAACUAUUGUUUAUGAAUCAAUUAGCCAGCCAAACAUACAAGACAGUAUAUGAUUACACACUAUCACAAAUCAACAGACAUCACUUUGGAUUCAGGUUCAGA